GCUUUGUAGUUGCGUCUACUUCCGCUUUGCCCAGCGGACGUACGACGUGUUGUCAGCGACGAAGGAUCCUGACACAUCAACAGGAGACGAACAUUUUCUCUUCAGUGGACUUGAUCUAAAUAAAUACCCCGCUCCUCGACUCUAACGAGCAGAAUGAAUGUGGGUGUGGCACACAGUGAGGUGAACCCCAACACCCGGGUGAUGAACAGUCGAGGGAUCUGGUUGACCUACGCCCUGGGUGUCGGAAUACUGCACAUCGUACUGUUGAGUAUUCCCUUCUUCAGUGUUCCUGUGGUGUGGACGCUCACCAACGUCAUUCACAACUUGGGAAUGUAUGUUUUCAUGCAUGCAGUAAAAGGAACGCCUUUCGAGACCCCAGACCAAGGAAAAGCCAGACUACUGACACACUGGGAACAGCUGGACUACGGCGUCCAGUUCACUUCAUCCAGAAAGUUCUUCACCAUCUCCCCCAUCAUUCUCUACUCUCUGGCAAGUUUUUAUACCAAGUACGACACUACGCACUUUGUGAUAAAUACUGCGUCGCUGCUCAGCGUCCUGAUCCCAAAGCUCCCGCAGCUGCACAGAGUCCGAAUCUUUGGCAUCAACAAGUAUUAAGACACUGGGACAGAGUUGUAUGAAAAAAAACAAAACAAACAGUUGUUGUUGAGUUGUAUCCACCAUGUACCAUGACGUCAGGUAGGUGUCGCUAUUGUCACGCCGAGCGUCAGGCUGGAUAUGAAGUGAUGGAGCGGGCCAGACUCCGUGUGUGUGAGAGUGUGUGUGUGUGUAGUCGGAAGGAUGCCACAUACAAAAACUAACUUAUGUGAAUAUUUAAAGAUGUGUUUUGGCCGGUGCUGACCUGGGCUGGCCCAGGCCUCACAGCUGUUCAGGUCGAUUUUCUUUUCGUCUUCAGGUCACAUGAUGUGUACAUGGGUGACUUGGUGUGUUUUCAGCAGGGAUGCCCGAUAUUAACUUCCUGCUAAUAUCUGAUGUACCGAUGUUGUCCAAACACCUCAUUUCUGACUUCGAUAUCAACCGAUACGAUAUAUGCAGCCGUUUUCCCCACAAACAAAAUCUCAGUAGCUCACAAGCGAUUCCAGCAUUUUUGGGGAAACCCAGACAUUGUGUUAUCGGGUUUUCAUUAUCGAAGGCAUAACCGAUAAUCAUUCUUACAGAUAUUACAUAAUUAGGCUAAUAUCGGGCCGAUAAUAUCGGUUGGUCGAUAUUAUCAGACAUCCCUAAUUUUCAGUGAUGUUUACUUCCUGGUACAUGUCCAUUAGCCCAGAGCGUCAGUCCUUGUUUCCCAUGAUUCCCUCUGGUGUUUGAAUCAUUUCUUUGAAACAGUGUUUUUUUUUUUGUUUUAUUUGUUAAUGUUUGGUUCUGUAUGAUGUAAUAAACAUUCAUGUGAGGUUGAGACAAAUCA